AGGACGUUCUUGCGUUUGUCCUUUACACGCUGCCGUUGUUACGUAAUCAUAAGGUUAAACAAGACUAGCUGUUAGCAAGCUAACAGCUAACACACAUCAGGUACAGAAUUCAGGUGAAUUGUAAGCAAGCGAAGCCCAACAGGAUGACCAGUGUGCUCUGCAGCAGAGCUCGGCUGGUGACGUACCUGCCAGGGCUUCACGUUCUAGUUCAUCGUGUUGUUGGAGCCAGAUCUUUCUCUGGGGCAUCUGGCUCAGAUGAGCCACACUUAAACAACACAACCCCUGACGUUGCACCCAGGACAGUGUGGCCGGAUGAGAACAUGGGCCCAUUUGGGCCUCAGGAUAAACGCUUCCAGUUGCCGGGUAACGUGGGUUUUGACUGUCAUUUGGAGAGUCCAGCGGAGCAGAGGACCACACCGAUCCACAGUGUGAUGCCAGACCUCUUCACUGCUCAGUCCAGCAGCGAGAGGCACAACUUCAUCCUGGCCCACUUCAUCAAUGAGCUUCACGAAAGUGAUAAAACUUCCACAGCACAGAACAUGGAUAAAGCAGAGCACUAUUUUGAUAAUUCCAGUGUGGAGUGUGCCAUUCAGUCUUGCCCUGAAUUGCUAAAGAAAGAUUUUAAGAACAUGUUCCCCGAGGCGCCGUCAACUGACAUGAUGGUGGUAACUGUGACUCAGAGGACACAGAACGACAUGACGGCCUGGACAGAGCAAGUGGACCAGGAAAGGGAAGAGCUGCUGGCUAAAUUUAUUGCAGGUGCAAAGGAGAUAUGUCAUGCUCUCCGAACAGAAGGAUUCUGGGCCGAUUUCAUAGACCCGUCAUCUGGACUUGCAUUCUUCGGUUCAUACACGAACAACACACUCUUUGAAACGGAUGAAAGGUAUCGGCAUUUAGGUUUUCAGAUUGAGGACCUGGGCUGUUGUAAAGUGAUUCGACACGUAAUGUGGGGGACGCACGCUUUUGUGGGCACACUUUUCACCACAGCUCCACGCAACAGCCAGAUCAUGAGGAAGCUACAAGGGGACUAAAGUUACUUAGUUAAAGAUGCUGUGUGUCGCCAUGGGAACACUAUCAAUAUCUCAACCAAACCUCACUUUUGAGCUGAAUAACACAAUGAAAAACACACAUCCUAUAAACCAUUUAAAUGAAGUUGCCCAAUGACUGCUGCUGGAAAUGUGUAUUUAUUUUUGUAAAACAAACAGCACUUUUGGUGUGACUUUUAUUUUCAAUGAGUGUUCUACAGAGGGAAGUUCUUUGUCAAAUGUCCAACAUCUCUCUAUUUCUAUCUGCCUCUUCCUCUAUGUUGCCUUUCCUGACCUGUACUACAGACCUCAAAGGAACUAAAAUGUGACAGUUGUAGAGAUGAAUUUUUUUUCUGCACCAUUGCUCAAUCUGUAUCUGCAUUUGGUCAUUGUCAAUUUUUUGUUGAUGGUGGCUAAUUCAUACAUUAAUUAAUACAUAAAUUAUACAUAACCGGUUUUGUUAGUGAUCAAGAGCAGUAAUCCGUUAAUUUCAGCAUUGUCCGUUUUAGUCAUAGCUCCAUGACAGGCACAAUAAAUAAUAUUUAAGGAGUA